AUGCCAGGAGAGACACUGUGCCCAGGCAGUCGCCAUGGUGAUGACUGGAUUUGCACUGCUGGAAGUGUGGAGGAGGAAGAGGAGGAGGAGGAAGAGAGGCCAGAGUCGAGGGUUCACCUGCAUGGCCAGUGUGGUUUGAGCCUGUACCUGAAUCCUGCAGAGAGUCCAGUGUCAGAGUGUGACUCCUCAUCACUGUCAGACAUGAACGAAGCUCUCCAGGACUGGACCUCAGCAGCACACCCAGCCCAGGACUGGACCUCAGCGGCAGACCCAGCCCAGGACUGGACCUCAGCGGCAGACCCAGCCCAGGAUGGUGCACUCUCUCUGGAGGCCUGCAUUCAGUUGGAGAAGAGGUGGAUGCUGUGGCAUGAGUUUAUGAAGGAGUACUCUUGCUUUGAUGACUGGUUGCGAUUGGCUGAAAAAGUAGCUGCGACCCCAAACUCCAGCCAUGUGCUCUAUGCUACAGCUAAAGAGGAACUUAGGAAGUUUGAGACUCUUCAGGCAGAGACCCGGUCCCGUUUGGCCCAACUGGACAAACUGGUCCAGAGAAGCCGCAGCCUGGUGAGCCUCUUCAAAGGUACCAUGCGAUCCCGGCUCGUUGCCACGACGAGGGAUUGCGGCCAACGCUGGGAUCAGCUCAGCCGUACGGUGGAGAGCAUAUGCCGUCGUCUCAAACACUUCGUGUCUCUGCGGGAGGACUUUGAGAGGCAGAGAGAGGAGAUGGCUGUCUGGCUGGCCGACAUGAACCUCAGACUGACUGAAGUGGAGCACUUCUCAGGGAGAGAUGCAUGUGCCAAGAUGCAACAGCUUCAGAGCUUCCAGGAGCUGGUGGGAGAGAACACGGCACGUCUCAAUGCUUUGCUGGAGCAGGGGGAGGAGCUUAUCCAGAGGAGCGAGCCGGGCGAUGCCCAGGCCAUCGAAGGCCAGCUGCAGGAGCUGUUGGUGUACUGCGCAGAUGUGUUCGAGGGUGUGGGACGCCUGCACACACGUCUUCUCAGCAUGAGACUGGUCUUUGAGGAGGACUGGCUGCUUUACCCCCCCUCAGACUCCGGCUGUCCUUCUGAAACUCUUCUGGAGGAGGAUAACGUUUUUGACAAGGCCAGCGUCACCGAACCCGAGACCUCCCGUGCCCAGCCCAUCCAGGAGCACCUCGUUUUGGAGUGGGACCCCUCCGUGGACAUUGGUGGCUCGGUUUCCCACGACGACGAGGACUCUUCUUACUUUAGCGCUGUUGCAGGUGUUUAUAACCAAGAGGAGGCUCUGGGUAAAAGGUCUCUGAAGAGAAGGGUUUGUCUCCAGGGCCUGGAGAGCAGAUUAGAGGAUGAAGCUCCUCCCCAAGCUCUGGUCCCAGGGGUCACAAGCAACAGUCCCUUACACUCUGCACUUUGGAGGUCCUCAACACCUGACAGAAAUUUCUCAGAGACAGUAAACUUUGACCCUGAGCGGAUCAGUGCUUGGCUGGGCCAGACCGACAGACACACUGAAGCCAACCCCGAUCAGAACCCCUGCUCUAAAGCCGUCCAGACUGAACCCAACUCACAGGGCUCCAGUGGCUCUGAGCAUGGAGGCAGGAUCAGAGAGAAUGUCCUUUCCCAGAGGCACCCCUGCCCACGGCUCACGGCGCACAGCAGCACUUCCUCCAAGCCUGCCUCAUCAUGUGACUCAGAGCCCUGCUCCGAUUGGAGGAUUCACCGAUGUCUCUCAGACCCACAGGGUCUGGAGGAGGUGCCUCGCCACUGUAGCCAAUCAGAGGAUGGCACCCUCAUCCAAAAACACUGCAUCUCUGAAGGAGAGGAGGCUGCCCAGGCAGACUGGUGGAGCUAUGGAACCAGUAGACCCAGGUCUCAUGGGUUAGCUGGUAUUCUGUGGGCUCCAAAGCUGUUUUACAUCCUGUUGGUCAUCCUGCUGCUUGCCGUAGUGAUCUGUCUGCCCAGUGCCUUCUCCAAGAGUGAAUGCCACCAUGCCAACACUUUGGCCCGGUCCUUCCACCUGGCCCUGCGCUACGUCAAUGGGCCACCCCCUACCUGA